CGGAUAUCUACCGUCAACACAACACCGAAAGCCAUGAACGUGAACCAGGGGACGGUGGGAAGCGACCCGGUCAUUCUGGCCACGGCCGGAUACGACCACACGGUCCGGUUCUGGCAGGCCCACAGCGGGAUCUGCACCAGGACGGUGCAGCACCAGGACUCUGUAUCCAUACUCUCACUGUGAAAACGGGUGGACGGCAGCAAUUCAACUCCACGAGAACAUGAAACGGAGCGGACGCAUCGGCUUCCAGCAGGUAAACUCCCUCGAGGUCACACCUGACCGGAGUAUGAUUGCAGCAGCAGGUUACCAGCACAUCCGCAUGUACGACCUGAACUCCAACAAUCCCAACCCGGUGAUCAACUACGACGGCGUUAGCAAGAACAUCACGUCUGUGGGCUUCCACGAAGAUGGGCGCUGGAUGUACACGGGCGGAGAGGACUGCAUGGCUCGCAUAUGGGACCUCAGGUCAAGGAAUCUGCAGUGUCAGAGGAUAUUCCAGGUCAACGCUCCCAUCAACUGCGUGUGCCUGCAUCCCAACCAGGCGGAGCUGAUCGUUGGAGACCAAAGCGGAGUGAUUCACAUCUGGGAUUUGAAGACCGACCACAACGAACAGCUGAUUCCCGAGCCGGACGUCUCGGUCAACUCGGUUCACAUCGACGCAGACGCCAGUUACAUGGCGGCGGUCAACAGCUCGGGAAACUGUUACGUGUGGAACCUUGCCGGGGGCAUCGGCGAUGAGGUGACUCAGCUCAUCCCGAAGACGAAGAUCCCCGCGCACAAACGCUACUCCCUCCGCUGCAAGUUCAGCCCCGACUCCACCCUGUUGGCCACCUGCUCGGCGGACCAGACCUGUAAGAUCUGGAGGACCUCCAACUUCUCGCUGAUGACGGAGCUGAGCAUCAAGAGUAACAAUCCCGGGGAGACGUCCAGAGGCUGGAUGUGGGACUGCGCGUUCUCCGGAGACUCCCAGUACAUCGUCACGGCCUCCUCGGAUAACUUGGCCCGCCUGUGGUGCGUGGAGACGGGCGAGAUCAAGAGGGAAUACAGCGGCCACCAGAAGGCCGUGGUGUGUCUGGCCUUCAAUGACAGCGUGCUGGGCUGAGGACGAGAGCGAUGGACGCUUUGGAAGAUGUGCCUAGAUGGGGAAUUCUGAGCGCCUGAGCGAUGCCUGUUUGAGCGUCACGCCGAAUCCCCUCAGUGCUCUCACUUGCCAGAUGCAGCAAGGCCGAAAUCCUAAUGCAUAAAGUCCAAAAUCCAUCUGAAAGGCCCAAACUCACUAGUUUGCACCAAAUGUAAUCGGUGGACCACCAGCGUAGGUGUUAGUGGGACUGAAACACGUUCGCCUUCUGUACUGAACUUGUUUUUGACCCUAUUCGACUCUUAUUACCGUAUUUAUUGAAUCUAAAGGACCAGACGUUUCACCGUAACUAUGAUCCGCGUGUCAUGUGUCACAUGUACGAUGCGUUUAAUGCUCUUUAUUCAGAGGUAAGUUGUGCUUCUCCGUGAUCACGUGUUGAAAGGAACUAUGUGCAGAAAAUGACUCUGUAGUAAAUACGUUGUUCAAAAGAA